UUUGUUGUCGCCACUUGUGGAGGAGAUAGUAUUUCGUAUCAGUGUGACAGUGAAGUGUAUUGACAACACAACGGCCCAGAAUGGCGAACGCCACCGAUACUCCUGUGAUAUUAAUCGACUACAUGACGAUAAAUUCCACAAUUCACAUCCCGUCGCAAUUCGAUGUGACGAUUGCGGAUGCAGGAUAUAUCGUAGUGAACUCAUUGAUUCUCAUCACAAUGCAAACAGGAUUCGCACUCGUCAACGCUGGAAGUGUUAGUGUGAAAAACAGUGUUAAUUUCAUGAUGAAGAAUACAGUUGACACAGCUAUUGGAGGAUUCGCUUUCUGGUUGUUUGGAUUCGGACUUGCUUACGGAAGGAGUAAAUAUACCAAUAUGUUUGUUGGGGUUGGAGAUUUCUUCCUGGAUGCUACUCCAACGGAUCCUCUCAUGGGUGGUGUGAUGACAGCGUUCAUGUACGAGAUAUCGUUUUCAUCAUCUUCAACAACGAUUGCCAGUGGUGGAAUGGGCGAACGAUUCAACUUCCAGGCGUAUUGUUUCUACGCUUUUUUCAACUCUUUGAUAUAUGCGAUAGGUGCUGGUUGGGAAUGGCGUGAGAGUGGAUUCCUUGCUGUUUUGGGUGUCGUUGACAUUGCUGGAGAUGGACCGGUUCACCUUCUGGGUGGUGUAUGUUCUUUUGCGGCAGCGGUCUUCCUUGGACCUCGAAUCGGACGAUUUGAUCGUGGACAUCAUCAUCCACCAAUGAACAACGCAGUAAUUGCCUUCCUCGGCCUAUUCAUUUUAUGGUGGGCGUGGCUAGCAUUUAAUACUGCCAGUAGUUAUGGUUUGAGUCGAGGCAGAUGGGGUUACACAAUUCGAGCAGCAGUUAUGACCAUGCUUGGAUCCAUGGGCGGAGGAGUGACAGCAUGCGUGUUUUCUUUGAUUGAUAACAAAGGAAAAGCAUUACCGUUCCAGAUUAUGAAUGGAGUCCUUGCCUCUUUGGUUUCCGUAACAGGUGGAUGUUACUUGUUUCAGUCGUGGUCUGCAGUGCUCACAGGAGCAAUUGCAACACUUUUAUGCUUGUUUAGUAUGAAAUUGAUGGACAAACUUAGAAUUGAUGAUCCAUUAUAUGCGUGUACUGUGCAUGGAGUUGGAGGUAUUUGGGGUCUUAUCGCAAUUGGAUUAUUUGCUAUAGACCCAGUGCCGCAAGGUACCACUCGUGGCAGAUCUGGUCUGUUUUUAGGCGGUGGAUUUAGCUUACUCAAAAGUCAACUUAUUGCGGCAGUAAGUAUGACUUUAUGGGGGUUGUUCGCUACAUGGACACUGUUAUGGGUAAUCAACUUAUUUAUAAAAGUAAGAGUUAAUCCAGAAGACGAAAAACAAGGCGCUGAUUUGGUAGAGCAUGGUGUCGAUCAUGCAAGAAACGCAUUGGAAGAAUUGCGGCCGCUUUGGAGCAGAGAAGUAGAGCUGAGUGAUGGCCUUACGUAUAAACUUUCGAAGGGUAUUGCUAGUGCACGAGAUACAAGUUCGGAAUUAUACAAAGGUAACAUUAAUGCUGUAUUUAGCGACAAUAGUGUUAUGCCUUUAGAAGAACUACGAAAAAAUGAUCUUUCAUCUAUUAACUAUGGGAUUAACUGAAACACGCUCACAAAGUCUAGUUUACUCUUACUGCGGUGACGCAACGGUUAUUUACUUUGAAGAAUUUAUAGUAAAGUAAUGACAUUUGAAAGUUAGUUCGUUUAUCACAGGAAGAGUAAUCUAGGUUUUGUGUGUCAUUUAAGAAUUUCUAUGGAUACAUCGUUGAAAAAGCGAUAUAUGGAUAAAUGUAUCGUGCUUUUCAGCUGUGUCUCCACAGUUUUCAACAAAUAAAGCAAGAGAAAAUGCGUUAUGAAUUUUAUUCGAUGCGUUAGCUAAUUUAUGGUUUUGUAAAUCAGUGAUAUGUCCAUAGGUAAUAUUUAAAAAUGUGUGUGAAUAUUCUUUGUAC